AUGGCCAGCCAUGCAUUCGAGGAAACUUUAACUGACGAAGCCCUGCCCUGGUUCCUCAACCUACUCACUAACUCCAUUGAUAGUUUCCAAGAACUGGGAGACAAGUUCCUGCGAAGAUUCAUCCUGUGCGGCGGUGGGUAUCGUACUACACCUGACCUUUUUCGGCUCAAGCAACGGCUAAACGAGCGAUUGCAAGACUUUGCCGAGUACGAUACCUUCGGCCCUGACACCAACGCCAAUGCGCACCCAGUCACCAUACCUCAAGCGAGCAAUCCUGAUACCAGGAACAAAGACACCAACCGAGACAAACCUGCCCAGUCAGGCCACAGGGCCCCCCAGGAGCGACAAGGCUAUAGUGAUAGGAGAGACAAGCAAUACGGCAAGAGUCCCGAGAAGCCAAAGUACAACUCCAGCGAUCGACAUCGCGAUGCACCAUACGGCGGCACCAAACACAAGAAUGACCAGCGAUCCGUGUCACCCCGAUACGAGAUCUAUACCACCCUCACUGCCUCCUAUGAAGACAUCUCGAACAAUCACAAGGACAUCAUCCCACGCCCACCAAGGCGCAAACCUAGCCAAGCAAAACCGCGAGAUAACGGCAAAUGCUCCACAUAUCAUGAGGAGUCUGGCCACCCCACCAAUAUUUUUUGGGCACUAAAAAAUGCCAUCGAGCACCUCAUUCAGAGUGGCCAACUCUCGCAAUAUCGCACUCCCUCCACUGGCGCUAAUGCCAUCGAAGUCUACGGCCAGAUCCUAACGAUACACGGCGGUGCCCCACGGACACCCGAGACCCACCAUACACAAAAGUGCCAAUGCCCUCGGGGCCAGGAGAUAUUAGGACUCAGCCAUGGCUGCCACACCCCUAGGUCGACUGGAGCUUGA